AUUGCUGGCAGCAUGAUUCUGAUAGUCGGCCAGAUAUGCAGCAAGUCUUUUUAGAUCUAAAAAAUUCAAUUACUAAUAAUAAACAGGCUAUAGAUCGAAUUGCACAAGACUCAAGUGUAUUAGAAGCUCAUGGAUCAACUCAAUUAGUUGAUCAAAGUAAUCUGAGUAUGUUUAUUUCUGAUUCAACACAGAGAAUUUUAAUGUAA